CCCGCGCUCUCCAAAGUCCAAACGCGCAUUCUCGUGGCCAUCGUCAGUAUCCACCAAACGAUAGAUAAAUAAUCAGGCAUUAGCGCGGAUCCGCGGUCCGCAGCAGCAUCGGCGAUGGCGGAGUUCUCGUGGCUCACGGCGCUAGGGUUCGCCUUCCUGACCUUCAACUCCGGCAUGGCCCUCUACCGCUCCAACGGCGACGCGGGCUCCGUCAUCUUCGUCGCCGUAUCCUACCUCGACCUCGUGGCCCUCUUCGCCUGCCUCCGCCUCUACGAGCGCCUCGACCGCCACUCCCCUCGCCGGGAGCGGAUCAAGGCCGCCGUCUGGGCACUCACCACGCUGCUCACCGUCAUGUUCACCUACAAAGUCGCCGAGGUCAUGCCGCUCGCCUUCAAGCUCGUGGUCUGGGCGAUGGCCGCCGCCACCACCUGCGGCGGCUUCUACGUCUUCUUCCUCCACGACGACAAGCAGUACCAGCAGCCGCAGGACGCGUCGGCGGCCGCCGAGCGCGGGGACGUCGCCGACUAGUAGCUGUACUAGACGGCGGCUUGGCGCUUGCCUCCGCGAGGUACGUGCUUCGGUGCUAACAGCGGCGUCGGGCGUUAGAUCUGGGGGCAAACUACUAGGUCCUUCCUGUAUCUUGGCUGUUGCUCUUCCCUUUUUUGCCGGCUUGCUGUCACAUGUUCUGCUUGGCUAGCCGGCAUGCUCGGAUUAGCAGAUCUGGAAUUUGGCCACCGGCAGAGGAACAAAUUUGGUGAUGUGCUUGUUGAUCAAAUUACUAAUUGUGUGCCCUGUUGAGAAGUGAGUUUGUGUUAAUUAUAAUUCCCGAUUGGACCAUCAAAUUGGGCGUGUGCCCGCCACAAGGAGGAAGAAACUGCGACAGCUUGAGGUAAGUUGAGCGGAUUGCAAUUGUGUAAGGGCUCUAUUUGCUGAGGGAGUAGAGAAAAAACCAGAGAAAAGCCAUAGUGUGCGUAAGUGGAUGAUCACUUGGUACAGAGGUGGUGUGGAGACUGCAGAUAGUUUCCUUGAAUUUGUGUGAAAACAGUGAAUUGCCGUGCCUAACCCUAAGUUACAAUGGAAGUUCAUCUGCACAAUAAGGCGUCAAGCUAGAAAUGUUUUACUUGUUAUGUUGUCUCAUUUGAUGCACCGAUCAGUGGUUUGCAGUAUGCCCACGGGAACUCUAGAUUGAACAUGUGGACGCUGCAAAUUUGAUCAAUGAAUGGAAAAUAUGUCAACUGUAUUCGAGGUAUGUAAGGGCUCUAUUUGCUGAGGGAGUAGAGAAGAAACCAGAGAAAAGACAUAGUGUGCGAAAGUGGAUGAUCCCUUGGUACAGAGGUGGUGUGGAGACUGCAGAUAGUUUCCUUGAAUUUGUGUGAAAACAGUGAAUUGUCGUGACUAACCCUAAGUUGAGAGAUCACAUCAUGUAGUAAGGGCACAAAUAUGGAGACAGACGAAUCAAAUAACAAGGGAUGGACCAAAGGAGAUGAAAAUGACACCAGAGUAAAGCAUGGAAGAACUGGAGGAGGACAACACAUGAGCGGAACAAGCAAAGUCAUAAGUGAAAAUUGCAGUUACAAUGGAAGUUCAUCUGCACAAUGAGGCGCCAAGCUAGAAAUGUUGUACUUGUUAUGUUGUCUCAUUUAAUGCACCAAUCAGUGGUUUGCAGUAUGCCCACGGGAACUCUAGAUUGAGCAUGUGGCCGCUGCAAAUUUGAUCAAUGAAUGGAAAAUAUGUCAACUGUAUUCGAGGUAUGAGAUUAAGAGUCCAAAUCAGUCAACCAUUGGUGGUCUCAUCAGCGUGCAAUUGUUUUUGCAAUCUCUUAAGGAUUUAAGCUGAUUUAUGUCCGUGCUUGCAAAGAACGUCUGGAUUACUCUUACCACCUGGAUAAAUAUCUUUUCAUGGAUCAUUCAAGAAACUUGGCAAAGUGCAGAUAUCCUCCAUACCUUCUCUUGUCAAGAAAAUAUGACUAUAAAUGGGCAAUAAUUUUUCAACUGGAUUUGAGAUAGGAGAUCAAGAGUGAAAAUCAUUCAAACCAUUGAUGGCCUCAUCAGCGUGCAUUUGUAUUUGCACUCUCUUAAAGAUUUCAGCUGAUUUAUGUCCCUGCUUGCGAAGAGCAGCUGGUUUACUCUCAACUUAUGCAAACGUACGGAUGCUGGGAAUCACGUCACCUCCUGGAUGAAGGAGAUCGUUUCACGGAUCAUUCAAGAAAAUUGGUAAAGUGCAGAGAUCCUUCACAUACCUUCAACAAAAUAUGACUAGACAUGAUUGCGUGCAGAGACUGGAGAGCCAGAAUAAUAAUGAGUAGGGAAAUUAUUCAUGUCAGAAGAACAACGAGGAGAGAACUUGUUCAUGUUUGCUGUUUCAGUUUACCAGCAUACCAAUGAACUGUUUGUAAUGAAAAUAUAACCACAGACUAAGACAGCUCAUUGAUAACUAUGUGUAGUGGAAGCAAGGGAAGUGUCAUUGGAAUAUGUUAUCAGCAGUAAUGGAUGACACAUAACAAGGGGAUAAAUACAAGGAAAUCACAAAGCAGCUGAUGUUGAAGGAGAACCGGAUAUAUUACAGCUAUGCCGAUGCCGAUGCCGAUGCCAAUGCCAAUUCCGAUGCUAAUUCUUUGUCACAUUACCCAGCAAGCCAACAGCAAGGUGAGUUUCAAGGGAAGAGAAAAUGCCAAGAUCUAAAAGACCCCUAGUUGCCCAAAUAUUAAUAUGCCGUCGCUGUUGCCUGAGGUAUGUGCUGUGCUGUAGCAAGUGCCCAAACUGCCCUAUUACGCGUUUAAGUUAAAUAAAUUCAACUAUCUACGAGCUAUAAGUUAUAGCGUUUUUAUAAACUGUAUUAUGUCUGUCUAUGAUUAUAUCGUAUGUCUUUCAUUUCAUGUCUGUCACGAUUGCUUCGUCGAGCUCCGACUAGUUCUCUAAGUGUUCUUGAUGGCCGGGUUAAGUAUUGUACACUACUGGUGCCAACUCUACUGUCAUCUGCUCCUUGUAUUCAGUACUUCUGUAUAAUGCAGAGCUUCUGUGCUAUACUAGCAUCAGUGCAUUUAUCCUGGA